CGAUAGACGAGGGUUGCGAGAUGGGAUAAGGGUGGUCGCAUAGUGCUUCUCGUGAAGGCGAUUUCACGCUUUUGAUACUCAUUUCCGUUUUCUUUCUGUUCCAUUCGUUACCUACCUCACCGUCGUUAUGCACUCGUUUUUCGUCGUCUUGAUGAGCGUGCCGCUUGGGAUCGGAAUAGGGAGAAUGGUUCCAACGCCCGUUGUUACACCGGCACCCAGUAUGUCCGAGAUAGAAUUGGCGAGGAGGCAGGAGCCCGAUGCGAUAUCACUCGCAGAAAUCCUUCUCACAGCCGUACCAGAAUCCCUUCGCAGGAUAGCUGCGACCAACAUUCCAGCCGCGUCGAGCAUUCUCUGGGAAGAGUUCCUGGAUGAUAAGAAACCGCCCUGGUUUUCAGAGCUACCUUGGGAGAUACAGGUGUAUCUGAUCGAGCGGUUUGGACCGGCAACGGCCGUUGUGCCACCAUCUCCCACUGGACCGGUGAAUCCGUCACAGACAGUAGAUGUGCCCAGUCACCCGGUUGAAACAGAUCCAAGCCAGCCAGCUUCAACUGUUCAGAGUCCGCCUGUACAAACAGGUCCGAUUCAAACCACAGGAUCAGUCCAAUCUCAAAGUCAGGAUGGCAGCUCAGGGCCAGCUCGGAGUACUCACGGCCCCGUUGACUCGGAGACAACGGUUGCAGCCUCUCCAUCCAUGACCCUGGCUACCACAAGUACUGCGUCAAGCGCAGCCGGCACGUCGACUUCAGGAGCCAGUGGGGCUGAAUCUGCUCCAACAGCAGCCUCGACCGCUCCAACGUCAACCUCCAUCCCAGAUGCGCCACCAGCUCCUCUGGCUGACGAUGAAGAUCGGUCAAGAGCGCAGAAGAUUGGCAUUGGCCUCGGAGUCCCGUUAGGCAUCCUUGGAGCUGCAGCCCUUCUCUUUGGAUGUUGUACGCUCCUAAGACGACACCGCCGCAAGAAAGUCGAUGGGUCCAUUCCCCCCUCAUCCCCAGGCUUCAUCCCUCGUUUCGCCUUCCAAGAGGAACCAGUUCGACAAGAACCAGACGAACGUCUUCUCAAUCCCAACUCUAGCACAUCAUUCUCAGAUCUACACAACAUGACCUGGGACGACGAACCGAUACACGACACCUCCAGCAGCGGAGAAUCAAUGCCUACGCUCAAUAACAACAUAGUCCCCGCGAACAACCCCUAUCAGAUACCCCAACCACCAACACAGCCCGUCGUGGCUCCCGCUCUCCUCCACACCCACAGCUCAAAUCGCGCUCGCGGAAGGCGAACAAGCUACACAAGCCUCCAUUCCGUCACCGAAGUCUCCGAACCAGACGAAGGCGGCACAUAUGUUGAAUCUCCCAUCCUCCCACGCGAAGGUCUACCAAGACAUCCUCAGGCUGUGAAACGACAUUUUCCGCCACAUGGGCUCAUCCCCACGCCUCCCGUCCCAGGGGGUUCACAAAUCAAACGCAAGCCUCUGAGGACGGGAAGUGUAGUCGAGACGACUCCGCCGAAUAAUCCGGCCGCACAUGCAGCAUCUCAGCCCCUGCUACAUCAGACGAUGAUGGCGGAGCGGAACCGACCUCACCGACCACAUCUAGCGACACAAAUGGCGCAGCAGCAACAUCGACGGCGGAGCUCAAGUAGCUCUGCUUCCCCAUACGUCUCUCCCUUCGAAGAGUAUAGUCCACGAAACCCCUUCCUCGGCGAUGAAGAAGACUAUCGUUCGGAAUACGCCCACCAGAGAUUCGCUGCCCCUAAUUCCAUUCCCAAUCCUCAGAUCUCUCACACACAGGCAUCUCACAUUGACGACUUUAUCGAUAUCUCUGAUGGCCUGUAUGGUGGAGACACCAGUCUCUCAAGGUAUCCCUCGUUGAAAGCGUCGUCGCCGAGGACGGACUGCCCGUUGAGAAGAAACUGGGCCGGCGGUGGGCAUAGACGGAAUAAGAGUCCGAUAUGGGAUCAGAUUUAAGAGAGCAGAAGACGAUACGAUUGAUCGGAAAGGAUCAUAAGACUUUCUUUUGUGUACGGAUCAUGUGUUAUGAUGUGCUAUAUAGAUUCACGGGUGCAUUUAUGGUCUUACGAAGCACAUCGGAGAUUGCUACGAGCAAA